CUGCUGAAAUCAAGUAAACUGGUGGAGAUGGCGGUGGGUGGAGGUGCAGCCCGCCUGACGCUGCCCCACCUGGCCAAGGACGAUGAGGGUCUCUACACCCUCCGCAUCUUUACAAAGGACGGCACGGCUGAGCACAGUGCCUACCUGUUUGUCUCCGAUGCCGCUCCCUCUGCACCCGGGGCCCCUGGCGCACCAAUGAGCGUAAAAGCAUAUGACAUCAACUCAGACUAUGUCCUUGUUGCUUGGAAACCCCCCAACACUGUCAACGAGGCGCCAAUCACCGGAUACUUUGUGGAUCGGUGUGAGGCCGGCAGCGACGCCUGGGUCCAGUGCAACGAUUCUCCAGUGAAGGUGUGUAAAUACCCGGUGCACGGCUUGAGCGUGGGCCGCUCCUACCACUUCCGGGUCAGAGCCGUGAACAGCGCCGGCAUCAGCAGGCCAUCCCGCAAGUCGGACAAGGUGACCGCUCUGGAUGCUGCCGAGAGCGAGAGGCUGCAAGUGAUUAAAAUUGAGGGGAAAUACGACAUAGUGAUCAAGGAUGAUGAUCUGGAAGGUUAUGUAACUCUCCCCGCGGAGCCCACCAACGUGCAUGCAUCUGAGAUUUUCAAAUCAUACGUGGUGUUGAGCUGGAAUCCUCCCAGCCCUCGCGGACGAGCGCCGCUGUGGUACGUCGUCGAGAAGUGCUUAGCAGGCACUGGAGCGUGGCAGCGGAUCAACACCGCAGUCAAACUGCACUCACCGCGUUAUCCAGUUUUCGAUUUGCAAGACGGGCAAAAGUACCAGUUCCGAGUGUAUUCGGUGAACAUGUACGGCUCCAGUGAGGCCUCGGCGCCUUCUGAGCCCGUCCAGAAGGUUGAUGAGGAUGGUGUCCCCUCUGCUCCUGGUCACGUCGUUGCCAGCAGGAACACCAAGUCGUCUGUGUUUGUGCAGUGGGAGGCUCCCAAGCAUCUGAAAAACCUCAUGGGAUAUUACAUCGAUGGCCGUGUUGCCGGAUCCAAGGAGUGGUUCGCUUGUAACCAUAAACCCUUCAAACACACCAGGUUUGUGGUCCAUGGCCUGGUCCAAGGUGAGACCUACGUGUUCCGUGUCCAAGCUGUCAAUGUCUUUGGCCUGAGUGAGGAGUCGCAGGAUUCUUCACCCAUCGCUGUGGAGCCGGCCCUCGCGACUCCCAGUUCUCCCUAUGGAAUCGCCUUGCUGAGCUGUGACGGCUCCUCCAUGACUAUCGCUUGGAAGAGUCCCAAACGCUGCGGUGGCUCCAAGGUCAAUGCCUACUACGUCGACAAGCGCAACGCUGACACUCUGCUCUGGAAGGAAGUGAAUCUGGCCCCCAUCACAGAAAGAGUCUACACUGUUGAUAAUGUGACAGAAGGAACCUUCUACGAGUUUAAGGUCCAGGCUGCAAACAUGGCAGGUGUUGGUGUACCAUCAGCUCCCAGUGUCCCCAUGAAAUGUGAAGCGUGGACCAUGGACGAACCAGGCCCAGCCUAUGACCUGAGCUUCAGUGAGGUCAGAGCACACUCCCUGGUCAUCGUGUGGAAGGCUCCAGUGUACAUCGGAGCGAGCGCCGUCACUGGAUACUUUGUGGACAAGGCCAAAAAGGGCUCAACAGAGUUUGUUACCCUGAACCAGGAGGCUGUGAGUCACCGCUACCUGCAGGUGACUGGUUUGGAGGAAGGAGAAACCUACGUGUUCAGAGUCCGUGCUGUCAAUGCUAACGGUGUGGGAAAAGCUUCUCAGCUCUCUGAGCCGGUCUGUGCCAGAGCUCUUCCAGGCACCACAGAGAUCGUGGCAGGUGUGGACGAGGAAACUGGGGACAUCUUCCUGUCCCUGGAGGCCUGUGAGAUCAGCGAGAUGUCCACGUUCGUGUGGUCAAAGAACUACAAGGCCAUCGGCGACUGCCCCCGAGUCCAAGUGACAUCGAAGGGCAGAACCUCCAGACUGAUUUUCACCAACCCUGAUAAGGACGACCUGGGCAGAUACUCUGUGAUGGUCACCGACACAGAUGGAGUCUCUUCCAGCCACACGCUGACCGAGGACGCCCUGAACACCAUGCUGGAGCUCAGCCAUGCCAUCAGACAUCCAGUUGUUCCUCUGAAACACGGCCUGAACUACGAGGUCCUGGAGAAAGGUCACGUGCGUUUCUGGCUGCAGGCCGUCAAACUGUCGUCCUCCGUGUCCUACAGGUUCAUCGUUAACGACAAGGAAGUCACCAGUGGAGAGGGUCAUAAGAUCAGCCACGAUGUGGCCACAGGAAUCAUCCAGAUGACUGUGGAUCAUUUCACCAGAGCCAACGAGGGCACGUACACCGUCCAGAUCAACGAUGGCAAGGCCAAGACCCAGAGCUCCCUGGUGCUGGUGGGAGAGGUGUUUAAGGUUGCUCUGAGGGAGGCCGAGUUCCAGAGGAAAGAGCACAUCAGGAAGCAAGGUCCACAUUUCUCUGAGUAUCUGUAUUAUACCGUCACUGAGGACUGUACUGUUCUGCUCGCCUGCAAGGUGGCCAACGUGAAGAAGGAGACGACUUUCCACUGGUACAAAGAGGAAGAUGAGAUUGUUCCAGAAACUCCUACCAAUGUCAUGUCGGGGGCCUGUGCACUGCCCAUACCUCUGUUCUCCAGAAAAGAUCAGGGUGUUUACAAGGCCGUGCUCGGUGAUGACAGAGGGAAGGACAUGUCCACGUUCGACAUCUCAGGACAAGUGUUUGAUGACAUCAUCAAUUCCCUGGCCCACAUCGCUGGUGCGUCUGCCUCUGACCUGGUGCUGCAGUGCACUCCGGAGGGCAUCAGGCUGCAGUGCUACAUGAGCUACUACACAGAGGAGAUGAAGACCGUGUGGAAACACAAGGAGACAAAGAUCGCUUCCUCUGAGAAGAUGAGGAUUGGCGGCACGGCGGAGAUGGCCUGGAUGCAGAUCUGUGAUCCAUCUGACAAGGAGAAGGGUCACUACACCAUCGAGAUCUCAGACGGGGUCAAGACUCACACCAGGACCUUUGACCUCUCUGGACAAGCAUACACCGAUGCCUACGAGGAGUACCUCAGACUGAAGGCAGCGGCAUUUGCUGAGAAGAACCGCGGCAGAGUGAUCGGCGGUCUCCCUGAUGUUGUCACCAUCAUGGAACACAAGUCCCUGAGCCUGACCUGCACCGUGUGGGGUGAGCCGACUCCCGAGGUCACCUGGUUCAAGAAUGAGCAGGAGGUCGCCUCCAACGAGCACACCAGGGUCACAUUUGACGGCGGCAAGUUCUCCAGCCUUGUCAUUAACAAAGUCACUCCAGAAGACUCCGGCAAGUACAGCAUCAAUGUGAGGAACAAGUAUGGCGGCGAGUUCGUCGAGAUCACCGUCAGUGUCUACAAGCAUGGUGAGCAGAUCCCCGAGCCCAAACUGGGACAGCCCAAAAUGGCCACACCCACAGUGACAUCCACAGCAGCCACACCUGUGCCACCAAAGUCUCCAGCUCCCCCCUCCAAGACUCCCACCCCCGUGCCCUCCAAGCCUCAGACCCCAGCACCGUCUGUGAAGAGCCCUACUCCAGCAUCAAGCGCUGCUGCGACUCCCGUCCCCAAGUCUCCAACUCCAACCCGUAAAUCCCCAACUCCAACUCAACCACGCAGUGUCAAGUCCCCAACCCCGCCCAGAUUCAUGAAGUCUCCAACCCCACCGAGGAAGUAAACCAGGUCGUCAGUCGUCCUGUCUUUAGCAUGAGUGUGAAAUCAUUUAAAACAAAACCACUUAUUUAGAGGUAGUCACUGUUAACAGUCCCACGUUUUGCAUGGCUGCACACACCGGACUACGACUCGUAGAGAACAGGUCGCUGACCGGCAGAAUGUUUGUGUUAUUGUUCAGUAACUAGCUGCAGAGAAGACGUGAAACACACAAACAAACAAACAAACAGAGCGACAUUAACGGUGGGCAAUAACGUAGAUGUUCAGUCACUUCAUGUCAUUCAACUGGCCAGCAAAAGCAAGAAGAAGAAAAGGCCAGGGUGGAUGUUGAUGUUCAGUGUUUUAAGAGCUGUACCUUCCACUAUGCAACACUAGUGGAAUGCCUGUGUUCAUUUUCUGUGUAUGUUAAAUGAUGAUCAUGAUCCUAAGUAACAAACUCAUACUCGCCAGGUUUUUCUGCUGAGGCAACGCAGUGAUGAACCUCCGGCACUCCAGAAUACAAAAAGUCAAGCUGGCUGUUUUCCAGAACUUCUCCUGCCAGCUCCCCCAAUCAAUUCUGCUGAUAAUAGAUAGAGUGAGGCCAUGGUCCUACAAGGCCUCCUGUAUUCUCUAGUUGGGUCUGGACCCAACUUGUCAGGCCUUUUCUGGAGUUCAUGUGUGAAAACACCUCAUAAGUCUGUUGCAAACAGGGAUUAUUUGUGAUGUAUCACUUCAGAUUUACUAAUGAGGGGGUUUAUAUCAUCUAUUUAACCACUGCAACCUGUGUUUCUCUCUUUAACAAACUAAAUUACAGCAGUGUCACAUCUCAGCAGUGAUCUUGGUGAGUGUUGGUAAGAAAAGAAAAGAAAAAGAAACCUGAUAUGAGUAUGUAAAUCGGAUCCAAGCUGUUUUAAACCAGAAUCCUGUAAAGUGCCUUUCGUCCCAGGAUGCUUUCUUCAUUCUAGGGUCCUGCAGGAGUCAGUCUGUGCCACAGAAAUCUGUCUGUCUGUCUGUCUUUGACAUGUUCUGUCCCACCGUCAGUGCUUUGUGAUGGCAAUAAACUUUACUAAUCAACCUGA